AUGGUCACCCACCUCGCCGCCGUCUCCUUAGCAAAAGGCGAGCCCUUCGAGCUCCAGACCCGCCCAACGCCGAAGCCAGGUCCAGGCGAGCUUCUUAUAGAGGUUAAAUCUAUCUCCCUGAACCCGGCAGAUGGCAUCAUGCGUGACCAAGGCCUCUUCAUCCCAGCCUACCCCACGGUCAUCGGGUUUGACAUCGCUGGACUCGUUCUCGAAGCCGGUGACAACGUCCCCAUCCAUCCCACCAAUGGAGGUGGAGGGCAGGGCCCUUGCUUCCAGCCAAGUGUCACCCGUGUAGCCGCCUAUGCCGCCGCCGUUUGGAAAUCCUGUGACCUGGACUAUGGCGCCUUCCCAGGAGCGGUGUCUUGUCUCUUAGCAGCAUUGCUUGCCUCUUCCAGAAGGUAUCUCUUAACAAAAGAAGAGGCUCCCUUGAUUUGGGGCGCCUCCUCAAGCGUUGGCACAAUGGGCGUGCAAAGCGCUCGACUGCUGCGGGAUGAUCAAGGCUCUUCUUUCGUCGCCGUAUAUGCCACGACCCGCGCGGCAAAUCAGAAGUACAUAGCCUCCCUCGGUGCCGACCGUGUCUUCGACUAUAAGGACCCACAGGUGAUAGAUGCAAUUGUUUCAGCAGCUAGAGAGAAUGGCCUCGUGAUUCGGCACUGCUUCCUUACGACGGGGCAACUGGCAUCGUGUCAGGCGGUGCUGAAGGCUUUUGUCGGGGAUGGCCACGGAGGAGAGGAGCUGGAGGCGAAGAUCGGACUGGCACCGCCGUCAAUGGAGGAAGAGGAGUGGUUGGGUCAAUUCCAAUAUUGGCUGGGGUCGUGGCCGCUGGAGAAGCUGGCUAACGGGAUUAUCAGGCCCAAUCCGGAGCCUAAGGCCGUGGGGAAAGGCCCAGGGGCUAUCAAUGAUGGGUUGGAUGAGCUAACCCGGGGCGUAAGCUGUUCGAAGUUGGUGGUUGAGGUUGCGGAGUGA